AGCAUAGCAUAGCAUCGGUGUAUUUAUUACAUAGCCUUUACGUGAUGCUGGUUUAGCACGCCACGAUACUGAGAGACUUUUCGUAUAUAUUGCAAUAUUGUAACUGAAUGUCGUACCGGUUCAGGUUUAUCGGCUGGUUUUCUUAUGGGUGCCUAGGCAACCGCUUGAACGUCACCACAGCAACAGCAAGUAACCGGUCCAAUAUAAAAACAUCUCUGCAUUGUAGAAUACAUAAUCUUCUUACACAACACAGAGCAAACAAUCUGCACAAGACAGUUUAUAUUUAAUCUCGUUUAUACCCGAAUGUCGAGACCAACCUCGCCAACAGACUCAACGGCCAUUCCCGAUGUUGUAGUCGAAUCACCACACGGGUCUUCACGGUCGAAGUCAGUCAAGGCUCGUAGUUGGCUACAACGCAAGAUAGGGAGGGGUCACAAUGAGGGCCUUUCAGCAAGUCAGGCUGGUGGGUCCAGUAAGAGCAGUGCUACCAGUUUGGCGGCGGAAGAGGACGACGAGUUGCCGGUGUUACGGACAGCGGCGGAGAUGAAAGCGGACACAAACACAAACACAAAGGGUGACACGAAAGUGGUAGAGGAUAGUAACACAGCUAAUAUGGAUACGGAUACGGGGAAGGAUGCAGUGCAGAAAGUACUGGCCAGCAGGAGCAUAAGCGUAUCGGAGAGGAGCUUGUCGGAUGGGAUGGGAAACUCUAAGAAGCCCCUCACACCACGCAGUAAGUCGACACUGAACAAGCCGUCGGUGUCGCAGAAUAUCUCUGCAUCGUCGAUGCUAGAGGAUACACACGAAGAGAUGGAUGAUAUAUCUAUAGGCAAAGAUGGUAAGAGCGGGCAGGGAUUUAGAUCUGGCGUGAUGGACCGUAUUCGCAGGCGCAAGAAGGAGGUCUCGCCUAUGUCAGUUGACACGCUGGGUAAUUCCACGUUCAAUAACUCGCUCACACCGCGUCCGUACAAGAACCACGCGCUGCAGCAGAAUGUGGGCUUUGGUAAGAUGUCCAACAGCCUGAAUGGACCCCGAGACGCGAGUGGUGGGAAUAGUUACUUGAGGACAGGGGGUGGAACGGUCCUGUCUAUUAAUAGCAUGACCAUACAAGGCAAGUCACCGAGCCUGCACAGUCGCACAUGGUCGGCCGAGAGCAACAGUACGGGUGCGAGUGCGGCGUUUACCAACACCAAUGCCAAGCGCAGCACAAGUAUGCUGGCGCACAUGAAGGAGAGUGAAAGACUGGAUGUGGGGAUGAACGGGGCUAAUGCGGUGGAAGAGGUGUCAUUUGAAGGGUCAAGGAACGAAGGAGACCAGAGUAGCCAGCAGGUUACAGGACGAGAUGCGGGUGGUGAUGGGGUGCGUACAGAGAAUACAGGGCUACAAGAGAGCAGACAAUUUAUUGACUGGGGCUAUAGGGCGGCUAUAGCGGCUUUUUUUAUCACACUGUUCCUGGCCGUGCUGAAGGAAGUGGGCUAUGAUAUAGUUCCAAAGGUACUUGAAGGUUGGUGAUGUCAGUGGAUUCGAUCUCGCUGACAGCUCACACUCGUAUACAGGCUACUUUUCUGGUAUAAACGUGCAAACGGAUAAAUGUGAUCCGAACAUGUGUG